CUUUCCGCUGCCGAUGUGUUUAUGCCGACCAUCUGAUUUAUCAUAGAUGGUCUGUUAAACUAACUGUCCUGCCCUCCAUUUUGCCGCUGUGCGUGCAAGCGGUAGAGAUGCAACUCCUAGGAACUCCUCGUUUACUCCGUCCCAGCUGCCAACUAAAGGGAUCAAGGGUUCUGGCAUGUACAGGACAGGCCGGCGCUCUUCCACACCGGGCUGCGUCACUCGGCUCUGUGGUGGAGUGCGCAGCACCGGCCGGGGCACGGCCGGGGGCGGUCAAAGCACCCAACCACCCUGCCUGCAGCGAAUCUCGCAAAAAUGUGAAGAACGAGGUAGAAUCUGCCACCGUGGGUCUCCAGCGCUCCAUGCUGCCGGCAAGCGCACUGCUGGGCGGCGUGCUGCUGCUAGGCUUGCUGGGCGAAGUCAGCGCCGCAGCGGCCACAACGCCGGAGGGCGCCGCUGCCGCGUCUGCUGACGCCGGUGGCCUGGCCGCGGCUGCAAUAGCUGCGGUGACCUCUUCUGGCUGGGCGGGUCCGGCUGUGUUCGUGGGGCUGUACGUGGCGGCCACGGUGCUGCUGUUCCCGGCCUCCGUGCUCACACUGGCGGCAGGCGCCCUGUACGGCCCCGCUGCGGGCACGGCGCUGGUGUCGCUGGCCUCCACCACGGGCGCCGCCGCCGCCUUCCUGGUGUCGCGCUACCUGGCGAGGCCAUGGGUGGAGGACAAGCUGCGGGACCAGCCCCGCUUUCGUGCCGCGCUGCGCGGUGUGGGCAGUGGCAGCAGUGGCGCCUACGUUGUGUUCCUGCUGCGCCUGUCGCCGCUGGUGCCCUUCAACCUGCUCAACUACGCCUGCGGCCUGACGCCGGUGGGGUUGGCGCCCUACGUGGCCGCCUCCUGGGCCGGCAUGCUGCCCGGCACCUUUGCCUACGUCUACCUGGGCGGCGCGGGCCGGGCGGCGGUGGACGCAGCGGCCAGCGGCGGCGCCUCCAUGGGCACCAGCCAGCUAGUGCUGUACGGCGUGGGCGCGGUGGCGACGGUCCUGGCCACACGCGCCAUCAACGCCGCCGCCAGCAAAGCGCUGGAGGAGCAGGAGCAGGAGCAGCAAGGCAAGCAACAGCAGGAAUAGGUUCCGUACGCAUUGCGUAGUAAAGGCUGGGAGCGGGCGUUGCUGUUUGCCAUCGUGUGUGUCAGCGUAUGCAUUUGCCUUGAACAUGGCAUGUACAUGAGCUGCCAUGAGCUCCCAUAUGUUCAAGGCGAAGGUUCACCGUGAGCCCGGCAGCCGGAUGGGGGAGGGAGGGCGGCAGGGAGGGAGGGCUGACGGUGGCAACGGCACAACAGGUGUGCUUGCCUACAAUUUUGCUUUUUUGUCGUGAGGAUUGGCUGAUAACGCUGAAGUUUUGAGUAGAGGUGACAUAGAGGUGAUUUAAAAGCUGACAGUGCCGUUGUGAAUGUGAUGCGAAGCAGGACAAAGCACUGAACAUUUGCGAGGUGGUGGCUUGGGUGGUGGCCUUCGAUGUUGGUUGGUGCAGGGACCGCUGUGGCCGUUGAGACCCUUUGAGACCUGCUGGAUUCCACUGUCCGUUUGCUGGUUGUGAGUUGCGGUCCUGCUGCUAUGAGAAGGCGGAACUGCAGAAUGCCGCGAUGGACGGUUAUCCACGUGCCCGGGCCCCGGGGCGUCGCGCUUGCGUUGGUUGCUGUCCAUACAGUGCCAUGACAGCGAAGUGCCAUGCAGUGGCAUGACAGCGGGCGAAGAUCGGUGGCCACGUCCC